CAUUUCGCAAUCCCUCCACUUGCUUUUGUCCAUCCACCCCACUCGCUGCUCGACACGACGCGGCACGAACGAUCCUCUGCACGCCGCGUAUAGGCACUCCGCUUGCGAUGGCCAAGGGCAGCGAUGCUCACUGAGGAAUUAUCCACUGAUAUGGCGUCAGGUCGCGCUGGCCUUCUCGCUCCCCGCGGCUCGGUCGCUGACGCUCCCUCGCAGCUGCUCACCAUCACCUCGGCGUCAAUAGAAUACAUCACGCACCGCACGCACUUUGAGCAGACGAGCGUUGCCAUCCCGACCACGCUGCAGACGGCGCAGGCGGCCAGGCGCAAGGACUACCGGAAGGCCAUCGAGACGUUUGUCGCCGACAUUGUCCGGCGCGCAAAGGACGUCGAGACGCUCGUCGCUGCCCUCCCGUCAAAGGACGAUAGUGGAGCACGGGCUGCGCGGCUCGAGGAACUGCAGUUGGAGAUGGUCGCGGCGAACGCUGAGUACAAGGAGGCAUUGGCCCAGGCAGAGGAGCUGCUGGAAGAGCUCAAGAAGGUCCUCGCAGUCACUGUCGGCGAUGGCACCGAGCGCAACAUUGUGACCGACUUUGGACGAUCCAACGCCGUGUAGACAAAGCAUGUGCAGAUCAGGC